GCUUAGUGCAUAAACCGGUGCAUGAAUCUAUACUAUGUAUGGCAUUAGACUGUCGACCCUAGGCUUCUUUAGACCUAGUCUGAACCAAUUUGCCCUUUCCUUGGUUCUUAAUAAUUUUUUUUUUGUUUUCAUUAUUGUUUUGCUUUUUUGUAUUCCGUUCUCUGUCGAAAAAAUCCACCCACCUCUCACAAACUACGGCGACAUGGAUGGCGUACCAUGGAAUACAUUCAGCUAUGAUGCACUUACCCGUAGACGAUGCAGCUGUUCCCUUUGUUCUAGCUAAUUAUUGUAUUGCUGAAUGUCUCCAUCCGAGACUGAGACACAAUCCUGAUUGAUGUAUCGUAAUCUCUUUGUUGGUAGAUUAUACC